UGUUUGUUCUGGGAAUAUCUAUUCAUUGCAUUUCCCGUCCCCCCACAAACGCAGUACAGUGUCUUGGUCUAUUCCAGUCGCUAGGAGACAGGAGACCAGAAGCGGAAGCUCAGUUCUCGCGAAUUUCCGGAAGAGGUCGUCAUGGCUGCCCGCGAGGACGACGUCGCCGCCUUGCAGGCUGAAGUGGCUCGGCGCGAGGAGGAGCUGAGGUGUCUGAAGCAGAGGUUGACGGCGGCCCUGGUGGCCGGCCAAGAGCCGGUGCGGGAACGGCCGGCUCCGGUGUCGCCGCUGCCGCCCAAGGCCGCCCUGUCGCGAGGGGAGAUUCUGCGCUACAGUCGACAGCUGCUGCUGCCGGAACUGGGCAUGCGCGGGCAGCUGCGCCUGGCCGCCGCGUCCGUGCUGGUGGUGGGCUGCGGCGGGCUCGGCUGUCCGCUGGCUCAGUACCUGGCCGCGGCCGGCGUGGGCCGCCUGGGCCUGGUGGACCACGACGUGGUGGAGACGAGCAACCUGGCCCGCCAAGUGCUGCACGGCGAGGAGCGGGCGGGCUGCGCCAAAGCCCUGUCGGCCGCCGCCUCGCUGCGCCGGCUCAAUUCGGAGGUCGAGUACGUGCCCUACGCGCAGGCCCUGUGCCCGGCCACGGCGCUCGAGCUCGUCCGCCGCUACGAUGUGGUGGCUGAUUGCUCGGACAACGUACCCACCCGCUACCUGGUGAACGACGCCUGCGUGCUGGCCGGUCGGCCCCUGGUGUCGGCCAGCGCCCUGCGCUUCGAGGGUCACCUCACGGUCUAUCACUAUGGUGAUGGGCCUUGCUAUCGGUGCAUCUUCCCCAGCCCGCCGCCGGCGGAGACGGUGACCAACUGCUCGGAUGGCGGGGUGCUCGGUGUCGUGCCCGGGGUGCUGGGCUGCCUGCAGGCGCUGGAGGUGCUGAAGAUCGCCACGGGCUUGGGUCCCUCGUACAGCGGCAGCCUGUUGCUCUUCGACGCCCUCGGUGGACACUUCCGCCGUGUCCAGCUGCGGGGACGCCGGCCGGACUGCGCGGUGUGCGGCCAGCGGCCCACCGUGACCGACCUGCUGGACUACGAGGCCUUCUGCGGCUCCUCGGCCACCGAUAAGUGCCGCCCUGUGCGGUUGCUGAGCCCGGAGGAGCGGGUGUCCGUGAGCGACUAUAAGCGGCUCCUGGAUUGCGGGGCACCACACUUGUUGCUGGACGUCAGGCCUCAGGUGGAGGUGGACAUCUGCCGUUUGCCUCAUGCCCUGCACAUCCCUCUGAAACAGUUGGAACGAAGGGACGCAGACAGCCUGAAGCUCUUGCGGGAAGCCAUCGGGGAAGGGAAGCGGGACACCCGGGAAGGAGCCCCCCUCUCCCUUUAUGUGAUCUGCAAGCUGGGAAACGACUCUCAGAAAGCCGUGAGGCUGCUGCAGUCGCUCACGGAGUUAGACUCAUUACCAGUUCGGGAUGUCGUGGGGGGCCUCAUGGCCUGGGCCACCCAAAUCGACGGGACAUUUCCGCAGUACUGAGGUGACUUGGUCUAGUCUGUGGUCGUGACCAUAAUAGCUCAGAGACAAUUUAUUUGCACUUUUGCAAUAAUUUUAGGGAACAGCCUGAGAUUCUACAGUGUCUGUGAAUAUAUAUGGUUUCCUUUCUGGUGGGAACCUUUUGAGUGUAUCAGAUGACCGACGUGAAUGGGUUAUACACCAUUUCUGAGAACUGC